AUGAGUACAUCUUCGUCCGGUGAUCCUAUUGGUGUUAAUUCGACAAUAUCGUUGAAAUCCGUGACGGAUGCCUCGAUUUCAUUGCAUGGCUCAACUUCGACUGAUACGACGUGCACACCGACGCCAACGCCAACUUCAUCAACUCCUUGUCCUAAUUCUUCCUUUUACUUCCCCAAUUCGACAGCCCAAACUUUUGCUCCAAGCGUCACCGAAGAUUUCAUAUCCGCCUCGGUCUUCGGCGGUUCGUCGCGUUCGUCGCGUUCGUUAAACCACACAUCAAGCACUCCAUCAACUUUAACAGCUAGCGCAGCCCCGUCCUGCACCAGCACCUCUAGUUCCAAGAUGAUCGAAAAUGGCGACUUUGAGCAAGGUCUGUCCCCGUGGAGUAUCGACAUGGUGGACGUUAUGUCAACGAGUUACUCAAUAGCACGCCCCGGAGCCAACGGGUCGUGCGGGGCGUUUCAUGUGCACAUGCGGCGGAACUCGCAGACGGAUGACCUGCGAGCGAACCUGCGGUUAGUCAGUCCGCUGAUCUCGCCCCCGGCCUCACCGGGUAUGGCGUGGGCCGUCUCAUUCUGGGUGCGGUUUGGAAGCGGGCGUGCCACGAACUCGUACGUCAACUUGUUUGCUAAUGGUGAGGUCGCGCACCGCGUAGAUGCCGCGGACAAGGGAGCUACAAACUGGACACGUGUAGAAUUUCCCUACACGACAGCGUCUAGCGAUCAUAUGCUCCAGCUCGUCUUCUCAUUUGCGCUGGGCAAUGCGCCGUCUAAUGACGUGUGGAUUGAUAAGGUGGCUAUGGAUGUGAUGGCUGCCAGUUCGGUGCCGGUGGGACAGGGAUUUUCUGUCGCAACUUCGAAAGCUAAAUCUUCUUGA